UGUGCAGCAACUUAUAGUGAGUAGAGAAAAGGGGACUUGAAACUAGGACAGGAGCAGUCUGGCCCCUUUCCCUUCGAACCACAGGCACAGAUUUGCAACAGGGGGAGAGAAGGCACUAGUCUAAGGUGGAGAGGGAAAAAAGAGAAGAGACUUUUUGGGAAGCUUGCUGCAGUGACUGAGGAAAGAAGCCCCUGGGACACAGAUCACUGUGUCCACAUUGCAGAACAUUUAAUUUUAUAGAUUUUUUUUUUAACAUAUCAAGGGAAGAAUAUUCACUGAACAGAAAUCUCAUCACCUGGAAACAUGCACAAGCGCACAAAGAUAAAGAUUGCCAUCUUCGUGCUGCUGGUGGGUAUGGCUUGCAUGUUCACAGCGGUGGUAACGGACCACUGGGCAGUGCUCAGCCCACGGGUGGAGAGAUUCAAUGAGACCUGCGAGGCAGCCCACUUUGGCCUAUGGAGGCUGUGCAAGAAGUACAUUUACAUGACCUCGGAAAUCUACAUGGAGGGGCAUGGCUGCGGACCCAUCAGCCUGCCUGGAGAGGAAAACUGCACUUACUUCCAACACUUCACUCCAGGGCAGGACACUGAGAUAUUUGAAUAUAAAACACAAAAAGAGUACAACAUCUCGGCUGCGGCCAUCUCCAUCUUCAGCCUGGCCUUCAUGAUACUGGGGUCUCUGUGUUUGGUGGGAUCAUGUACUGGUAAAGGCAAAGGAAGAGACUACCUCCUCAAACCUGCUGGCAUGUUCUUUGCAUUUGCAGGUCUCUGUUCCUUCAUCUCACUGGAGGUGAUGCGUCAAUCAGUCAAGCGAAUGAUUGAGAGCGAGGACACCAUCUGGAUCGAAUACUACUACGCCUGGUCCUUUGCUUGUGCCUGCACUGCCUUUGUCCUCCUCUUUCUCUCUGGUAUUGCCCUCCUGUUCCUUUCCAUGCCCCAGAUGCCGAGAAAUCCAUGGGAGACUUGCAUGGAUGCGGAGCCGGAGCAAGCAGAGUGAUAGCUGCGCAGAGAAAUGAAUACAGUAUGAGAAUGACUGUGUCUUUUGUUUUGAGUACAGAUGUUAGAUUCAUUUCGAGAACAAGAGCUGACAGGGUAAGGUCACGAUGACAGAGACUGGCUCCGGUGUGGAUGGACUGUUAGCCAUGAUGGCAAAUUUACCUCCCUACAAUUAUACAGCAGCCUGAAAAGGGGCCUUUUGUUGGAGUUUUGAAUGUUUGCCUUAUCCUGAAUGCCCACCCAGAGUGUAAAAUACACAAGUCCUCUUCACCACCUCUGUAGGUUUAGUUCAUGUUUAAGCCACAGCUCAGAUUUGACCUGUGGCUUAAAACCCAGCACACUUCUCAGCAAGCGCAGACCUGGGCCAAACGGUACAGUGCAUUCAGAGAGUAUUCAGACCUGUUCACUUUCAUUCACACUGUGCUAUAUUGCAGUCUUAUGCUAAAAUUGUUUAAAAUAAUCAACCCCCCUCCCCCCAGGUUGCCCUCAAUUCUCCAUAAUGACAAAGCAAAAUAAGAGUUUUAGAAAAGUUUUGCAAAUGUAUUAGAUUUCAAGUGUCAUAGCAAAGUCUGAAAACUGUGGACAAAAGAAGAAGGGGUCUGAAAAGUCUCUGAAAACAUUUUAUUUACAAAAAUCUGAAAGCACUUUUAGUACGCUUCCUUUUCUCCUCAUCCUUAAAAAAAAAUCACCCUUUAUCAUCUGCGUAUAUAGAAAAAAAAACGCUAAAAAUGAUUGAUUCCAAGUCACUGCUAUGUGUCCAUGGUCUUGCUUGGUCUCCCUUAUGUCAUCAUCUUGCCCACCUUAGUUAAAAAGACAUUAAGACAAUAACAUUUUGAGUAUAUAGUAAAGGCAGUUAUGGCCUGACAACAAGGUAACUUGAUUUUACGUACUGCAUUAUGUAUGAUAUCUUGUACAUAUCUAAUGUUCUGCUGAUGAUUUUUUUUGUACGGUGUUGCUCAAGGAGUCACUCACUUACAAUAAGUAAGACAAGUCAAGAUCUAUAUGUGAUGUUGUAUAUUUAUAAGAUUUAUAAAGAACCUUUAAAGAUGAAGAAUGUCCAGUUAAAAUAAGAACUUUGUGGGUGAACGAACGAUUUUAGAGCAAAGCAGCAGCACAGAGCAGGUUUGUGUGUGUGUAUGUGGCAGGCUGAAUGCUAAACACCCACACAGUCACAGCACAGCACUGAUCAUGCUGGAAAAGGUUCAGUUCUAGCAGGUGCACAUACAAGGCCUUUUACUUUCUUGUUGACAGCUUCCAAAUCAAGCUGAUACAAAAAAAUCUCUGUUCAUUUUCAUGUGUCACAACCCAUUUGAUACAUGUGAUAAAAUGGUAUUUGCAUCUGUCCAUGUUACAGUGUCUUCAAGGUGGAAGAGACGUACAGGGAACAUAAAUACCCACACAGGUUCUUGCCAGGCUUUAACUGUACGUGCAGAUAGUUACAGACCAGCAAAAAGUCAGUGUCAGCUCAUCUGUCAUUAAGUUUUAUUUCAACUAUUAAAAAAAAAACCAUGUUGCUUUGUUUUAGAGUGGAUUGUCAUUAGCCAAUCAAAUCCGACAAUUACAUAUAGUAAGUAAAUAUAACAUGACUCUAUUAUUCAGCUGCAAGUAGCUGCACAUCAAAUGGGUUGUUUUCAAAUUACAACCAUAAGUGACAACAGUCAUUUUAGAAUCCAUUUCACAUGCAAUUGCCUACAGUAUGAAUGACAUUGGUGGUGGGUUACUGCUUCACAAACUCAGUUGUUGGUGUGAGAUUCAACAACACUGAGAACAGCUGAAAUGUGGACAGGUGAUGCAAGACAAAGUUCAAGCUACUUUGGUCCAGCUGGGUUUGAGAAGCAGUAAAACUUCAAGAGGAUACAUGUGGGGCAAGACUCUUUACCAGGCCUCCGCAACAUAUACUUUACAGUACACAUUUUUCAAGGUAGAGUGUGCAACAUCACAGCAAAGACAUUAUGAUUAAAUUCUGAAUGAGGUACCUAAAUUACAAAAUUGCAGAGAAAUUUCAUGCUCCUGUUUUGAUCUUGCAGCUGUGUUGUACUGUGGGUAUUCAGAGACAAAUAUCUAUGCUUACUUUGCUUGGCAUCACCUGAGACAUAACUGCUACAGUUCUGGCCAUGUACAUAUCAGUGAGCAGUUAAGGAAUUAAUAUGUUUGACCUCUCUGUGCAAAACCUGAGUGAGUAUUGCUGAAUGAGUAUUGCAUUGAUCUCAGUUAUGCAGCUGUUAGUGAGAGCUGCAAUCAUCCAGGCAGGGGCUUCUUCAGGCCAAAAGUUCAUUUUGUAUGGUUUAUUUCUAAAUUCAUUUCUUUUGACUGUCACUAUGCCAACAAUUUUGAAUGGAAAAAAAAGAGUUAAAAGCUGAAUUCGAAUUUAAAAAAUCAAAACAGGAAUAGUAAAAGCAGUGGCAACUUCUGACAUGGGCUUUCAUGGGCUACUAUUCGUGUUUGAGAUUCUCAGCCUUUCUUAUGUUUUUGACUUUUUCAUUGAAUAUGGCAUGAAAUCAAACAAGUUUUGGAAUUAAGUGGAUUCUGUGUGUGUGUGUUUAUUAUACGCUAUAACUUUGUAAUUAAAAUUAAACCUGGAUAAGCUUUAGAAAA